UUGUACACAUGCUUUUUUCAGUUAUACUACCGGAUUUCGCAACUUAACUGUCGUCCUAUAGCAGAGGAUAAAGAAGCAUCAUCGAUCAAUCGCGAUCUCGUCAGCACUAGAGAGGCCAUGAGGGAGGUCAAUUCCGCCCCUGUGGCGGCCUGCGUAAAGAAGUUGAAUGAUGUUAAAAAUGAACGUGACCAGCUUCGUGCUGAGAAUGCUUUACUCCGUAAGAAAUUAGGCAUUCCCCCUGGCACUUCUUGGAUUGUACUGACAUUGAUACUGAGCAUUUUGACCCUUCACCACCGCCGGCUGAAAUUGAGCUAUGACUAUAACAGUGUACUCAACGUGUUAUGCCAUCUUGAUGUAGGUUGUUUCCCAGUGGCUGUGUAUAGAUUAGGAAGUCCCAUGAAAGGGAAAAAUAGGCUGCUUAAGGUCAUAAUGCCUUCUUCGUAUUACCAGCGCAUGGCUGUGCGGCGUGCUCCUCGACUUCGGAGUCCCUCAGUGAAGCCUGAGAGAAAAAGACGUCGAGAAGAACGUCUUCAUUACCAAAGUCCAGUCGUCAAGCACUUGGUGUUCACACUUCAGAUGCUUUUUCACAUUCCAACCUCGCAUCACAGGGAAACUGAUUUCCUUUCCCCGGCAUUAUUCUAUUCGAACAUUAGAUCUUUUCCAAAGAAUUGUUCAUUUCUUGACCUUGUCAUCCGUGAUAGGUUCGAUCUCUAUCUAUUCACUGAGACCUGGUUAAAAAAAGCCCAUUCUGUCCCAUCCAUGCUCAGCGAUUGGAUUAGUGAUUACUCUAUUGUACGUUGUGAUAGGGCGCGCAGAACUGGUGGAGGGGUUGCUAUGAUGAUCAGAAAAACUGUAGUGGCUCACAUUGGGUCGUUACUUGAGGCGACUUCAGAGGCGUUGGAAUUACAACAACUUCUACACUCAAACAUCAUAGAGGCAUGCCUACGAGCUCAUGACAUUGUGGUUUCGGAGGUGUAUUAUCUUGCAGAUGAAACGGGAUUCUCAACAGCAUCUUCCUGA